AUGGAUGGAACGUAUGCAACCGUGUUCAAAGGGAAAUCGAGACUGACUGAUGACCUGGUCGCCUUGAAAGAAAUCAGACUGGAGCACGAGGAAGGUGCGCCGUGUACUGCGAUCCGAGAGGUGUCUUUGCUGAAAGAUUUGAAACACGCCAACAUAGUCACUCUGCACGACAUUGUCCACACGGAUCAAAUAUUGACGUUAGUUUUCGAGUACCUGGAGAAAGACCUGAAGCAAUACAUGGACGACUGCGGAAAUAUAUUAAGCAUGAAUAACGUUAAGAUCUUUCUUUUUCAACUGCUGCGAGGCCUGGAGUACUGUCAUAGACGAAGGGUUCUUCAUCGGGAUUUGAAGCCGCAGAAUCUCUUGCUGAACGAGCGAGGAGAACUCAAGCUGGCAGAUUUUGGGCUCGCUCGGGCCAAGUCCGUACCCACAAAAACCUACUCCAACGAAGUGGUCACGCUGUGGUACCGACCCCCAGAUGUUUUGCUUGGGUCUACAGAGUACUCGACGCCUAUUGACAUGUGGGGUGUUGGUUGCAUAUUCUUCGAAAUGGGCGCCGGGCGUCCGCUGUUUCCUGGAUCGACCAUCGAGGACGAGUUGUCGUUGAUAUUUAAAACGCUCGGAACGCCCAGAGAAGAAACAUGGCCCGGGAUUUCGAACAAUACGGACUUUGUGGCCUACGACUUCACCAGUCACACGCCAGAGCCGUUGAUCGACCGCGCGCCGAGGUUGGACGGCGACGCCCUCGACUUGUUGCAUAAAUUCCUCGUGUACGAAGCGAAGAAAAGGAUCUCAGCCGCCAGUGCCAUGAAGCAUCCGUACUUUCGAUCAUUGGGGCCCAAUGUUCACAAGUUACCCGACAGUGAGUCCGACGUCGAUAUUCACGCUGCCAAACAUACAGUUGAGCAAAGACCCCGGCCACGGCUCUGGCCGCAACCGAAGACAAUCCAUGCUUUUAUGACAACAGAAGAAGGGGGCCUGGCCGAGCCUCGUCAAACUUCCGGAGCGUUUGCUGCCGGACCGGAAGAUAUGAGUGAAAAAAAAGCCAAUCGUGUUGAGAUUUGACGAACAAACAACGACACGCACUGACUACGGAAAGAAAAAGAAUCAAUCCUGCGUCUCCGUCUGAGCCGUCCGAGCUACUACUAAUUAGUGAGGGAAGCGGUUGAAUUCUUGUUCCCGCGGCGAACUUCUGGUCUUUUUUUGUUUUUGUUUAAAGAGGCUUUUUGUUCCAUCCAAGCAAUCCUACUUAACGUUCGGACCUACGGACCAAUUAGUCAACUUACCAAUGAUUGAAAUUUAAGCGGAAGUGAUUUUUGCUCCGGUUUUUUUUUCAUUAGUUUUCUUUUCGAGGAGCUGUAUGUGGCGUUCGAUUCUGUAUCCUCUCGAUUUUUUUUUUGGAUGUUAAAGAGCGUUUCAGAAGUUCACGUGAUGUCUUGACUCAGGAGCGACUUCGUAAUGAUUUUUUUUUUUGUUUGGUCUCACUAAAAGUUUAGUUUUAAACGGAACCCAAAAUUCGGCAAGAAUGUGCCGACAUUUUUUUCGUGGUUGUCGAUUCUUCUUUUUUUUGCGUCCGUUUCUGUGUGGAUUACAUUUUUAAAUUUCGCACGGUUGUCGGAGGAUUUUGUUCUAGCGAGUUUUCUGCAGACUCUUUGGAUGGUCAAUAUUUUGAAUGUGGAUUUUGGACUCGACACUUGUGUUUUUGUUCCGAUUUUUUUUUUUUCAAGACCAGCACUGAUGAUGGUGGUGGUGCUGAUCUAGUGUGUCAUCUACCAAGUGCAUUGUAUUUUUUAAUGCACUGCGUCGAAAUUCCUGAACGGCAUCCACGCAACUGCUGAUACAUUCGAAUUUCGAAAAUUGAGAUUUUCUGUUCCAGAAGUACGACGUCAAGAUUUCCGUUGAAACCCCGGAUCUUCGGUUUUCUAUGGAAUUUUUGGAUUUCGAUGAAAAAGAGCUAGAUUAUCCUUGAUUUUGUGGUUCAAUUAUCGGAGUGAAACUGCUUCUAAUUUCUGUGUCCCCUGAAACGAAUUCAGGAAAUAUCCCAGCGUAAAAUACAUUGGUACUCGACUCAUGAUAAC